AUGUCGCUUCGGAGCCAGCCGUUCACCAAGGUGCCAGAGAGCACAACAAAAUCCAGCAAGACGACAAUCGAUAUUGGUGGCUUUCACGUAUACUUCUACGGGGCUGAAGAGCUAUCCCCGCAACAGGCUGAAGAUACAGUGGUUCUCUUCCAUGUGCAUGGCCGAACCAGGAGCUACACAGAUGCUGAAUUGUUCGCCCACCAGUUUCUCUUCCAAUUGAAGCAAAUGGGGAACUUCACUAAAGGCUUCGUGGUGAUCGACUCGGUAGCUGCUCAGGACUGGAGCGGAGGAAACCAGAAACACGCACACGACAUGCUUGCAAUGAUAGAUGGCAAUGUGUUUGAUAUCCAAACCGUGAUGAAGUAUCUUAAAGUUUACACAGGAGAUCAGUUCACAACAACCGAGUUUGUUAUGUCAGGGCUAUCACUUGGUGGUCAUACUGCAUGGGAUGUACUCUCUAAGGUGGAUGGCAUCAAAGCCGCCAUUAUCAUCGUGGGCUCCCCCAAUUUGACGGACCUGCUCACCGAACGGCUCGGCGAUGCAGUAGACAGCAAAGAUGGCACUGGCUCAACGAAAUGGCCCAAGUCAAUUUCAGCAAUGUACAAGGCUCGAGAUCAAUGUCUUGAGCAGAUUAAUGGCAAACAUAUCUUGAUUUUGAAUGGGGCCCUUGACAUGCUUGUUCCAAGCAAGUUCACUCUGCCCUGGGUUGAGAGGCAUGGCAGUCGGAAUGAUGUCUCCUUCAACGUUUUCGACAAUACCGGGCAUUGGCUGUCACUAGAGAUGAUGGAUACUAUUGUCGAGUGGGCUGCACGGAAGAUCGCAUAG